UUCAGUCUCAUUAUUUAAUAAAUAUGAUAUAUUAGUUUCUAAUGUAUUAACUUCUAUAUUUUUCAAUUUAAAACUUUUAUUGGAAAAGGAUUCAAAGUAUGAAUACUCAUUAGUUAAAGAUAAUUGA